GUCAGAGCGGCGCAGGAAACAACUGGGCAAAGGGCCAUUAUACGGAAGGUGCUGAAUUAGUUGAUUCUGUGUUAGAUGUUGUAAGGAAGGAGGCAGAAAGCUGUGAUUGCCUCCAGGGCUUUCAGCUUACUCACUCUCUCGGUGGUGGUACGGGCUCAGGUAGGGGUACCGGCCUCAUCAGCAAAAUCCGUGAAGAGUACCCAGACCGAAUUAUGAAUACUUUCAGUGUCGUUCCAUCCCCUAAAGUGUCAGAUACUGUAGUAGAGCCCUACAAUGCCACACUCUCGGUUCACCAGCUUGUGGAGAACACAGAUGAAACAUACUGUAUUGAUAACGAAGCUCUCUACGACAUAUGCUUCAGAACACUGAAGUUAACUACUCCAACCUACGGUGAUCUGAACCAUUUGGUGUCGGCCACCAUGAGCGGUGUUACCACCUGCCUGCGGUUCCCAGGCCAGCUCAAUGCUGACCUGCGGAAGCUGGCAGUCAACAUGGUUCCUUUCCCCCGUUUGCACUUCUUCAUGCCUGGUUUUGCCCCGCUCACCAGCCGCGGGAGCCAACAGUACCGGGCUCUGACCGUGCCAGAGCUAACGCAGCAGAUGUUCGAUGCAAAGAACAUGAUGGCUGCGUGUGACCCGCGGCACGGCCGCUACCUGACCGUGGCUGCUGUGUUUAGAGGCCGUAUGUCCAUGAAAGAGGUGGAUGAGCAAAUGUUAAACGUUCAGAACAAAAAUAGCAGCUAUUUUGUGGAGUGGAUCCCUAAUAACGUUAAAACAGCCGUCUGUGACAUUCCACCUCGUGGCCUGAAAAUGUCUGCCACCUUCAUUGGGAACAGCACAGCCAUCCAGGAGCUGUUCAAACGCAUUUCCGAGCAGUUCACGGCCAUGUUCCGCCGAAAGGCGUUCCUGCACUGGUACACAGGCGAGGGCAUGGACGAGAUGGAAUUCACAGAGGCUGAGAGCAACAUGAAUGACCUGGUGUCUGAGUAUCAGCAGUACCAGGAUGCUACAGCUGAGGAGGAGGGGGAGUUUGAGGAGGAGGCUGAGGAAGAGGCAGAGUAACAGCUAGGCAGAUGAACACCUGUAAAUUUUGUUUAAAGCUGUAUGAACUCUCUCAUCAAACCUUCUCUGUCUGUGUUGUGUUCCUCUUUAUGUCUCAAAAGUCACUUCAACUGCUGUACAGGCACCAUUAAAGCAUUUUUCACAGUGCA